AUGGCUUCUGAAGCCUCGAUGGACAAGCCUAGACAAAGAGUCAGAGCAUUCAAGGCAUGCCAACGCUGCAACCAGAGAAAGGUGAAAUGCGACGCGGCACAGACUGGAUUACCAUGUACUCGAUGCAAAGUUGACGGCGUCCACGGCUGCGCUUUCAUCUCUUCGCGUCGAGGCACUUAUGAUCGCUGGCGCUCGGCCAAGGCGCGAUCCCGGACACCACAAGCAUCCUCAACAGCGGCCACCCCAGUCGACAGUACAUCUCCAGAGGCUAGCACUAUUGGAGGCUCAUCCACAACGCAUCUACCGACGACGGUACCACCAGCUUCCGCGAGGAGCAAUACCCUGGCUCUUGGCUUUGAAAACUUCUUGCGGCAAGGAGGUCGAGACGCCGAUGGGCUGGUUGGCAAAUACGGACUGGUCUUACUUGGGGACUCGUCCCCUCUCACCUUUGCUUUGAAGGAACUUCAGCCUGACAAGAGGGACAAGUCCAGCCUUCAGUCCUCCGACGCAGUCGAGACCAGCCAGCUUGUUACGUCGAGUCGAUCUGGUCAUCCGUCGCAUCUGACAGCUGCGGAUCUGACCUAUCUGCAAUCCAAAGGAGCCUUGACACCACCUACGAACGAGUACCUCGACGCCUUGAUUCAAGUUUUUAUGGACAAAUUCUACCCGCUAUGCUCCAUAGUCGACAGAUCUGAGUUCAUGCGGCAGCACCGUUCGCGAAGCCUCCCUUGGAUUCUGUUACAAUCGGCGUGUCUCAUCGGAGCGACCUACAGCGAUGCAUCUAUAUUGAAAAAAGCCGGGUUCAAGUCUAGGCAAGCGGCGCGCCGUUUCUUCUACGACAAAGCGAAAGUGCUGUACGACGUUGGCUACGAAACAAACAGCGUCGUUCUUUUACAAUCCAUAGUGAUGCUGACCUAUUGGGGCCCCGACUUGAAGGGCUACUGGAAUCCCUGCUCGUGGGUCGGAGUGGCUGUAACUAUAGCUGAGUCACUGGGGAUCCACCGUACAGCAGGAUACUCCAACGUCCACCAGGACAAAGGUCUGCUGCGAAGGCUCUGGUGGAUGAUCGCCGUACGAGACGCAUACUGCGGCACCCUUCUCGGUCGGCCUUUCCGAGUGAACAUGAGCCACUCUGAUGGACCCAUGCUGACGUUUGAUGAUUUUGGUCCCGAAGACGGCACGACAACCAAUUCUUCCGACUCUGACGACACUUCUCGACUUUACGUGCAUUAUCAGAUCCAGGUGGCGAAACUCUCGCUUAUCUUGAGACGUAUCGUCAACACGCGCUUCAAUGUGGGCCUUGACUCCACGACACCGCAGGUGCUCCGAGAUCUCCUGGGCCAGUGGCGCAAUGAAUUGCCUGCAGUGAUCACCUGGUCAGAUCAUGGUGGGUCGAGCUCCAUCUUUUCCGAGUGUCUCAAGAUCUUGUACCACCAUCACCUUAUUCUCAUCUACCUGCCUCGCGGCGACGCUGGGGCGGCAUCUUCAGCUGGACUGGCCAACAUGGAGUCGCCGACGUCUGAAAUCGCAGAGUCGGCAGCGCAGACUAUUGCUUCGACAUCGCUCAGCCUCAUGACCAGGUCCAUGGUCCAUUCUCUUCCACAAGAAGUGUUCCCUGCGUUCUUCGUCGCGGGGAUCGUCUUCUUCCGGCUUAUUCGCAGGUCUUCGUCGUUGAUCGCACAACUCGGCCAAGCCGCACUGGACAAUUGCCAGAUAGUCCUCAACGAGGUGCGUGAUUGUUGGGAACCCGCGUUCUGGGGCAUGCGGAUCUUUGAGUUUCUCCUUGCUGGGCUCAAGAAGAAUCGUAGCAGUCUCGUCGAUAAGCAAGACCUGACCAUGUCAUCCAGCGAGGCCGUGAGAUCAGACCUGCAACAGAUGCUGGAUCAUACGCCCGACACCCAGGACCACUUCGCUUUGCAGAACGCAGUCGAAAUGGGCCCGGCGAUUCACAACCUUCGGAACGCGGCGCAGCAAGACACCCUGCUCACGACGCAACUGUACGAUCGAUUCCUCGAUCCGGAUAACUAUUUCAUCAUGCCCACGUCUCUGGCCGAUCAGGAUACCAUCGAUUUCGACAUGGCACAAUGGUAA